UUAGGCGCGGGCUCGCUAGCGCGACGUGGUCGACGCGUUGGCCCACGAAGGUCGCGUCCCCUCGAUUCUGCUGCCUCAGCUCCAACUGUCGACACAACUCUGCACUCUUCCUCUCGCCAUUUCUGCACCGCCUCUUCUCUUCCGCUGUCUGCAAUCGCUUCGAUCCACAUUCACCAUGCUUGAGGCACGCUUAGAACAGGCCAACCUUCUGAAGAAGGUGGUCGACGCCAUCAAAGACCUCGUGCAGGACUGCAACUUUGACUGCAAUGACUCCGGCAUCGCGCUGCAGGCCAUGGACAACUCGCACGUCGCCCUCGUGUCCAUGAUGCUGAAAUCCGACGCCUUCUCCCCCUACCGCUGCGACCGCAACAUUGCCCUCGGCAUCAACCUCGGCUCUCUCACCAAGGUCCUCCGCGCUGCGCAGAGCGACGACACACUGACACUGAAGGCCGAGGAUGCGCCAGACGUCGUCAACCUCGUCUUCGAGACGAGCGACUCUGACAGGGUUAGCGAGUACGACAUCAAGCUCAUGGACAUUGACCAGGAGCAUCUGGGUAUCCCCGAGACUGAUUACGCUGCGACCAUCGCGAUGCCCGCCGCCGAGUUCCAGCGCAUCUGCAGGGACCUAAGCGCUCUUUCGGAAUCAGUCUCAAUUGAGUGCACGAAGGAGGGCGUCAAGUUCUCCUGCCAGGGUGACAUUGGAUCUGGCUCUGUGCAGCUUAGGUCCCACAGUGCCGUAGAUAAGCCCGAGGAAAGCAUCGAAAUCGACCUGACCGAGCCUGUAUCCCUCACCUUCUCGCUAAAAUACCUCGUCAACUUCUGCAAGGCAAGCGGCCUGUCCAGCCAGGUCAAGCUGUGCCUCUCCAGCGAAGUUCCCCUCCUCGUGGAGUAUGGCCUCCAGAACAACAGCUACUUGAGAUUCUACCUUGCGCCUAAGAUUGGUGACGAGGAGUGAACGAUUCAUGACGUUCUGCGAAACGAGAUGUGUUUUCAAAGAUUCUGUGGGGGCGCGGCUGCGUAAUGUCUUGAUAUGCAUGAGAAUGUCUAUCGGGUUCAUAUGGCGGUAUUAGAUUGGCGAUACUGCGUGUUAGUCCCAACCCCUCGGUGCUAAGAGGGCGCCGAGGGGUACCCCGCCGACGUCAGCGCGUCGUGCGAGCAGAUAACGGAAAAAAAUCAACAAUAAACUCAUACUUCGC